AUGGGAAACCAAGCCUCGGCCAUGGACUCCUCUCGAGUCACAAAGAAAGAAAAGAAGUGCACCAAGAUUCGAGGGAUGUUCAAUUAUCCAAACGGACGAAACAUCCCCGAAGGACACAAUUCCACCAAAGCAAACCAAUGGGUGACUGUCUUCUUCAACUGGACCGACCACAAAUAUAAUGAUGAAGAGUUGAUGGAUCUUGUUAUGGCUCGCAUCAACUCCCGAGACGGUAUCAUUUCGUCCGAACCGGUCCAUCACGAUGUCAAAUGGUGUCAAUCCCUACGUAUCCCAGGAUACUGGAAUCCUACCGAUGUUUCGAUUGCCGCCGCCGCCAAAGUCCUUGCACGAUGGCACCAGAGUGAAAUGCGCCAUGCCGGUAUGAAGAUCAACCGAAGAUAUCUUUUCCGCGGCAACAAUCACAAGCGUCGAAAGAAGCGUCACGUUAAUAUCCCUCCCGAUACUUGCAAACUGGUCGCCUCAGAACUUGUCGUCCGCUUCCUCUUUUGUUUCUUUUCAUUUUUCAUCUCUCGACGUUACACUUCUCCCUAA